CUCGCAAGUGAUCGAGACACCUUGCUAAUUGUCAGAUUGGCAAAGAAAAUGUUGAAACAUACAAUCAAACACCUGCAGCACACAGUAUCACCGGCGGCUUUUCCUAUGCAGCUCGUCGCAAUUGCGUUUUGUACGGGGGUUCUGGACGCAACGACGUACGCUGAUUUCCAGACAUUCACGUCAAACCAGACGGGCAAUGCGAUCCUUCUCCCUGUGGGGAUGAUGGGUGCGGGCGGCCGUCAUGUCCAGAUGCUCAAUACGGGCGUCAGCCUCGCGUCCUUACUCUUCUUUGGCUUCCUGAGCGGGCAAGUUGGACACGUUGUCGGGCACAGGAAGCGCUGGUGGAUGCUCCUGACUCCUGAGUUCGUUAAUCCAAGCUGUAUUCGUGCUCAUUCCAGCUGCUCUGCUCUAUAUUGGAAGCGUUAUUAUCUCUCCACAACACGCACCUUUGCUUCUCUUCCUCCUGGCGACAUCGGCGGGUUUCCAAGUUGCGAUGGCACGGAAUAUGGGUGUGAACGAGAUUCCUACUGCCAUGCUCACAUCCCCGUUCAUUGAUUUCGGUCCUGCUCCAGGUGGCCACCAGAUACACAGGGUCCGUCUGAGUCUCAGUUAGUGACUAGGCUAUGAUGCAGGUGGUUGUGUU